UUCCAACCUUCGAUUAGUUCGUUGGCCCGGCGCAUCGUGAUACUAAUUCGAUAAUUCUCCACAAUCAUUUUCAGACAUACAGUAGAUUAAAGUACAUAAUCGGUUUGGCUUCCCACUCUCGUUACUUCGUACUUAUUCCAAGCCUCUACUGGAUAGUAGCGAUAAAGGCUUAAUUACCCAAUUCGCUGUUUGCCGUCUUAAGGCACUUGGCAACAAAGAGUGGACGACGUCUGUCAGCAUCCAUUGUUUGCCGCCUCCGACAUAUCACCGGCGCUUCAGUCAAACGUCUCACUUACACUACUUACACCAUUUACAUCACCAACAAGCAAACGCUAUCCGACACAUAGCACCAUGUUCUGUCUCCGAAGUUGGCUUCCUCUUCUCUUCAUCCCGACGAAUGCCUCCCCUGCAUUCAUCUUCCUCUUCUUCGUCUGCACAUACUUCCUCAACCGACCUUGCGUCUACUGCUCCGUCCUCCUGCUCAUACUCUUCGUAACCUCGUGCUACUGGUCAGACCGAUGUUUCUUCGACUUUGGUAGUAACUGGUUCGCCCCGCGGUCUCCUGCGUCAUCAUGUCUCUCCAACUCGACGACGAUACCGGAUCCCGUCACCGAUAGCUUCAACGCAACCGCCGUCGAGAUGCUGAACACCACGGCGAACGCCCUGGUCAGCGUCGCCGCUGAAGAGUUGUCAAAGCGGAAGGAGGAGUGGACGGGACUCGGAGUGGAGUGGUUGCGGAGCUUAUUGGGACGCAGGGAGUGGAGGAUCGAGUGUAUGGAUCUCUAUAUACGACUGUGAUCGAUAUACGUCAGGUACGGAAUUACGGUCAAGACUCAACACCCUUAACUUUGGACUUUCGACGCUGUACAAAGGGGAAGGGUGGAGAUAUGAUAGCAUACAUGCAUGGCACCGGCGUUGGUUGACUUGGCGAUUUGGCCUUGCCUUUCGAGCAUAUACACCUCACACUAUUUCGCGAUUCGGCCUAUAACCCACUAAUAGGAGGAGGCUGCUUAUAUCCCUCCUAAACCUCAGGCUUCCGUCUUCCUCAGGCACAGGCAGGGGCUCAAGAAGCAGUCAAAACCCACAUAUCAAUAAAAAGGAUAAACUAUUAAAUGACUGUCUACAGUAAGGGAGUGCCAUAUCGAUAAGUCGUUAUUACUAAACUCGAAUCUCGAGACUGUUUCUAAUAGUGAGACAUUGCUAGCUCAUGCAUCUCAUGGCUAGAUCUACGUGACUUAGGUGCUAACCUACAUAUGUACCUACCGUCGAUAAGUUUACUAAAUUGCCCCUUUCCCUCGAUAUGUUAUAGGACGACUAUUCACGCAAGCUUCUCCUAUCCAUAUUGUACC